GCCCAAAUAUCUUCUAUCUAUAUUCGGGAGAUCUUCUUCCUGUCUGGUGAGUUUCUGGGGCAAGCAAGAUCUUCUAGGGAAAAUGUCGUCUCUCGGAACAUCAAAGGGCAUUUUGGAGAUCGCAAAGUUCGGUGUGUAUGUGACCGUUCCCAUCUUUCUUAUGUACACUUUCGCCAACAAUACCAAGAAUCUCCAGAAAUUCAUGGGCGAUCGUUCAUACAUAGUUUAUCCCCCGGAGGGACCAAGGCCUCCCUCACCAGAGGAAUUGAGGGAGAUGGUACGAGAAUUAGCUCGUCAGAGGAACAAUCGUUGAUACCACCUAUGAGCAACUUUGUUUGGACUUUUAGUUGUGUUAACUGUAAGUUCUAAUAAACCAUAUAUUAAGCAACGUGCAGAUGUAUACUCUAUAGAUCUUGUUCCAAUGAUUACCUAAUUGGUCUUGUUUGGAGAAUGUUCAA